AUGCGGUGCCUCAUCGUGUUCAUCUCCUUGUUCGCCGUCUCUGCAGCUCUCAACUGCUACAUUUGUAACAGUUUGAACCAGCCCGACUGCGUCACAAACUUUACAGGAUUCAGCAAGGUCUGUCCAGUCAAGUCGUUCUCCGGAUUGAAAUCAGUGAAGCCAGUCGGAUGCCGGGUUACCCGUCAGUACGUCAACGAGGAAACUUCGAUCGUCAGAGAAUGUGCCUACACUGGAGAGAAUGUUGAGAGAAAAUCGAACAAGGGAUCCCUCGGAGUCUCACGUGUCUACUCUCAAUGCUCCGAAGCUCUCUGCAACUCUGCCAACUCAUCUUUCCAAUUCAUCACCGCCGCUGUUCUCAUUGCUCUCUACAAAAUCUUCGCUUGA